GUUGGAAGAAUGGCCGCGAGAACGUCGUUGGUGCCUGUUCUGCACUCAAGCAGGGGAUUGUUGGGCUUAUGGAAGGAGAAGGGAAUAAUGGUUGGUGGCAGCAGGCUAGGAGAUUUGCUAGAUAUCGGAAGUCAACGUCGAACCGCGCAUAGAUGGUAUCCAGAUUAUCCCGAGAUGCAACAUAUUGUAGACACGAUGAAGGAAGAUUAUAAUGAUAAGAUAGUGAGAUUGCAAUGGCCUCCCUUAAGGUCAAAAUGGGUGAUGUCAGAGAGCGGUCCUAUAUUUGAGAAGGAGGAGGUUGUUCGAAACAUGGAGCUCAAUUUUGGACCUCAGCAUCCAGCUGCGCACGGAGUAUUGCGAUUGAUUCUUGCGAUGGAUGGCGAACUAGUGAAACGCUCAGAUCCCCAUAUAGGUCUAUUGCAUCGAGGCACGGAGAAACUGAUCGAGUAUAAAACGUACAUGCAAGCUUUACCUUACUUCGACCGUUUGGAUUACGUCUCGAUGAUGUGCAACGAACAGUGCUUCUCCAUGGCUAUCGAGAAGUUGCUAAACAUAGAAGUGCCGUUGCGAGCGAAAUACAUCAGAACUCUGUUCGCCGAGAUCACAAGAAUCUUAAAUCAUAUAAUGGGAAUUGGAACACACGCGCUCGACAUAGGGGCUAUGACGCCGUUUUUCUGGUUGUUCGAAGAACGAGAAAAAUUGAUGGAAUUUUACGAACGCGUGAGCGGUGCCCGUAUGCAUGCUGCCUACAUUCGUCCUGGCGGUGUUUCACUGGACAUGCCAUUGGGUUUGAUGGACGACAUAUACGAAUGGGCUUCGAAAUUUUCUGAGCGACUGGACGAUACGGAAGAGAUGUUGACAUCGAACAGAGUGUGGGUGCAACGUACGCAAAACAUUGGGACAGUGACGGCGCAGCAAGCGAUAGAUUGGGGCUGUAGCGGUGUGAUGCUCAGGGGUUCAGGAAUCAAAUGGGAUUUGAGGAAACAAGCGCCUUACGACGCAUACGACCUAGUCGAGUUUGACGUUCCAAUCGGGGAAAACGGAGACUGUUUGGACAGGUAUCUUUGUCGUAUGGAGGAGAUGCGUCAGUCGUUACGAAUCAUUUAUCAAUGUUUGAAUCAAAUGCCGACGGGUGAAGUGAGGAUCGACGACGCGAAGAUCGUACCGCCGAGACGAGAGGAAAUGAAAACGAGCAUGGAGGCGUUGAUACAUCAUUUCAAAUUGUACACUCAGGGGUUCCAGGUGCCACCUGGUGCGACAUACACCGCGAUCGAGGCGCCGAAGGGUGAAUUUGGCGUUUACCUGGUUAGCGACGGUAGCAGCAAACCUUACAGGUGCAAAAUCAAAGCGCCCGGGUUUGCCCAUUUAGCCACGUUGCGGCACAUAGGUAUGAAUUGCUUUCUCGCCGAUAUCGUGGCUAUUAUCGGUACCUUGGAUGUGGUAUUCGGGGAAAUCGACAGAUAAGUCGUUGCUCUCACGAGGUACAUAGUAUAGUCUGCGUAUAGAUGAUUUCCACAUUGGAUUUCACGUUGUGAAAAGAAAAAGUAAAUAAAACGAACUGGUUAAUCCUUACGUUGAAAUGUGCAGUCUAUCGUAGAGCGCGUAUUUGCGCGAUGCUCCGAAAUCUUGCGCCGGUACACUGAUUUCCUCCUAGAAAUCGGAAACGUUGCUAUUCGCGUUUCGUCGCGGAGUAACGUCGACAGAGCGGCAUAGUACCUAACCUAACCACGAUUCGAUACGAUACGCGAUAUUGGUUGGUUGGUUGCGUGUACGCACGCACGCGGCGACGGAAGUAAAAAGGCGGUUGCGUAAUAUUUGAACAAACACGAAUCUAGGAAUAA